AACCCCAGCACUGCCGGUGUGGAGUUUACAUGUUCUCCCCGUGCCUGUGUGGGUCUUCUUCAGGCACUUCGGUAUCAUUCCACAUCCCAAAAUCAUUCAUUAAUUCGGAGACUCUCCGAGGUGUGAUUGGGAGUGCGACUGUUGUUUUUCUCGAUGUGCACUGCGAUUGGCUGGCAACCAUUUCCAGAGCCCGAAGAUAGCUGUGAUAGGCUCCGGCACUCCCACGACCCUUGUGAGGAUACGCGGCUCAGAAAAUGGAUGGAUGUUAUUCAAAGUGAUGUUCCCGUGUUGGCCUGUGGAUGGGGGUGUAGCUCCUCGUCCCAGCUACACCUCCUUCGUCUGCACAGAAGCCACUCGGAGUGAAUCGGCCGUUCUGCCCGCUUUAAUCUCGUCUGCGACCGCCGGCUCGCUCACUCACUCGCUGACGUCCGCCAUGGCGACCGCAGAAAGUCUCUUCUCUGGUCCGAGCAGCUCCUAAAAAAAAAAAAAAAAAGUCACCUGGAUUUGCUUAACGGUGUACCUUUGGCCUACCCAUGAGAGCCACUCGGCCGAGGAACCCAAAGGUGUGGAAUUCUAACAAGACGCAUUUGUAAGGGGGGAAACUGGGUGGGCAGUAAGCAACGCAACGCAACAUGGCAGAUCCCGCCCCAGCCCCCGUAACGUCGAGAGCAGGGCACCGUCUCGGGGCCCCGGAGACUCUUGGCAUCAGUACAUUAGACCCAGCUCACAGACCUCCGGCCAUGCCCGCUGGAAGGCAUGUCACCGUGAGGGUCCAUAUGUUGGAUGACACAGAGGAGCUCUUUGACAUCUCGGUCAAAGCUUCAGGCAAGGUGCUAUUCGACCUGGUGUGCAACCACAUGAAUCUCAUAGAAGGCGAUUACUUCGGCCUGGAGUUCCAGAACCAUCAAAAUAUCAUGGUUUGGUUGGAUCCGAUCAGACCUAUUAUCAAGCAGCUGAGACGACCGAAGCACAUAACAUUGAGGUUUGCCGUGAAAUAUUUUCCUCCGGACCCUGCCCAGCUGCUGGAGGAGCUGACUCGGUAUUUAUUUGCCCUCCAAAUCAAACAGGAUCUUUCCAGCGGUCGCCUGACCUGCAAUGACACCAGUGCUGCGCUGUUGGUCUCCCACAUUAUGCAGUCUGAAAUUGGUGACUUUGAGGAAAGCCAGUGCCGGUCACACCUCCUCAAUAAUAAGUAUAUCCCCGAUCAGAUGCCCUUGAUUGAUAAGAUGAUGGAGUUCCACUCAAUGAAUAUUGGUCGUACACCGGCCGAAUCCGACUUCCAGUUACUAGAAGUGGCACGCCGGCUGGAAAUGUACGGGAUUCGUCUCCACCCGGCAAAAGACCGCGAAGGCUCGCGUCUAAGCCUUGCUGUGGCACAUAUGGGCGUCCUGGUCUUUCAGGGACACACGAAGAUAAAUUCCUUCAACUGGUCUAAAAUCCGUAAACUGAGCUUCAAGAGGAAACGUUUCCUUAUCAAGCUUAGGGCUGAUGAAAAUAGUUCAUAUCAAGACACCCUGGAGUUUCUGAUGGCCAGUAGAGACUGUUGUAAAGUCUUCUGGAAGAUUUGUGUUGAAUAUCACGCCUUCUUCCGACUCUUUGAGGAACCCAAGCCCAAGCCCAAGCCUGUGCUGUUCACACGAGGCUCCUCUUUCAGAUUCAGUGGGCGGACGCAAAAGCAGGUGAUUGACUUUGUGAGGGACUCAGAGUUUAAAAAACUCCCGUUCGAAAGGAAACAUAGUCGAGUCCAACAUAACAGCCGUCUAUCGCCUUUGCCUUCACCACUCUACCAAAAAGUGCCAAAAGAAAGUGGUGCUCUCAGGGACCGAGUUGACGCUCCUUCGCAGCACCACUGGAACAAGUCAGCGCUGGUGAGUUCAGAAGAAACACGUGAAGCUCCAGUGAGCCCGCCUCACCAGAACAAUGGCCACGAGGACAAUUCGCCGCCCGGGAAUACGGAAGCGAAAGACUCAUCUCGGCCGGCUCACCUUGAACAUCUGGCAACAGAUGCGCUGACAAACAGUCCAUACAUGUCCACAUCCUCCGGACACUGUUUGCUUAAUGGCCGAACAUCUCUGGAGGUGGGCAGUCACAGUCCCGACGUCCGGCAUCCUUCGCCUCUCACCAGCCCUCUCCUCAACGAUGCCUGCAGCAUUCGCACUGAUGAUGAAGACGAGGUGCGCCGGAAGAGGUUCCCAACAGACCGGGCCUACUUCAUUGCCAAGGAACUGCUGACCACAGAGAGGACGUACGUCAAGGAUCUGGAGGUGGUGACCGUGUCUUUCCAGAACGUCGUCGUACAAGACGAGGACAGUACGGACACUCUGAAGAAGGCCGUUUUCUCCACGCUUGAGCCACUGCACAAGUUUCACACGGGUUUUCUCAGGGAGGUGGAGCAGAGGCUGGCUUUGUGGGAAGGACGUUCCAACGCGCACAUUAAAGGCGACUACCAGCGCAUUGGAGAUGUCAUGCUGAAGAACCUGCAAGGGUUGAAGCCACUGACAGCUAACCUGCAUAAGCAGAGUGACAUCCUGACGGAGCUGGAGAAGGCAUGCAGAGCGUCGCGUAGGUUAGAAGGCCUCUGCCGGGACUUUGAGCUGCAGAAGGUGUGCUACGUACCCCUCAAUGUUUUCAUCCUGCGGCCUCUGCACCGCCUCGUGCACUACAAGAACAUCCUGGAGGGUCUGUGCAAACACUACCCGGCGACACAUGUCGACUUCAGGGACUGCAGAGCUGCUCUGGCAGACGUGUCCGAAGUGGUCGAGCAGCUCCAGGGCAGCAUCGUGAAGAUGGAAAACUUCCAGAAACUGUUGGAGCUGAAGAAGGAUCUGAUUGGCGUGGACAAUCUUGUUGUUCCUGGUCGGGAAUUCAUCAGGUUUGGCUCCCUUAGCAAACUAUCUGGAAAAGGCCUACAGCAGCGAAUGUUUUUCUUGUUCAAUGACGUCAUUUUGUACACCAGUCGGGGGAUGACGGCAACCAACCAGUUCAAGGUUCACGGACAGCUGCCGCUCCAUGGCAUGACAAUCAGAGCGAGUGAAGAUGAGUGGGGUGUUCCUCACGCCUUCACUUUGGUCAGCCAGCGGCAGUCGGUAGUGGUAGCAGCAAGUUCUUUGUCAGAGAUGGAAAAAUGGAUGGAGGAUAUUCAGAUGGCUGUAGAAAUGGCAAAAAACAACAACGGGCCCUCAUCUGACCUGAUGAGCUGCACGUUGACUGACAUCAAAUCCCCAGAGGAGUUCUCAACGGAGGGCGAGUCCGAAGAUGACACAACGGCCUUGCACCCCUCCCCGGAGAGGGCCGCCCCUCACCGCGGUAACACCAUGGUGCACGUGUGCUGGCACAGGAACACCAGCGUGGCCAUGGUGGAUUUUAGCAUAGCCGUGGAGAACCAGCUAUCUGGAAAUCUACUGCGAAAGUUUAAGAACAGCAACGGCUGGCAGAAGCUGUGGGUGGUCUUCACCAACUUCAGCCUGUUUUUCUACAAAUCCCACCAGGAUGAUUACCCUCUGGCCAGUCUUCCCCUGCUGGGUUACUCUGUCACCAUCCCAUCCGAGUCAGAGAACAUCCACAAGGACUACGUCUUCAAACUGCAUUUCAAGUCCCACGUGUACUACUUCCGGUCAGAGAGCGAAUACACUUUUGAAAGGUGGAUGGAGGUGAUCCGCAGUGCAACAGCCCCCUCCGGUCGAGCUCGGGUGCAGAACAACAAGGAAUCCCAGACUCAUUGAGUUGGACUCCGUUCUCUCUUCGCACACGUGGAACAUCCGUCCAUGUGUCUGUGCACACGCUGGUGCUUUUUUACUGUUUUAAUGGUGACAUGUCCGCUGGUUUCGACUGCAUCAGAGACUGCAUUUCUUCUUCUGACAUUUUUACAGCUCAAAUAUGAAACCUUUUUUACAGGAUGUCAUUUGAUACUGUUUUCUAUUAAUCGUUCCCACUUCCUAUUCCUCAUUGUGCUUUCCCCCGCCGCCCCUCUUUUUUUUUUUUAACCGUAGUAACUUGUCUGUAUACUAUCUUCGAUGGCCUUUUUUGUCGUUCACUUCCCAGGAAACUUCACUUGUGGUGCCAAACAUUUAUAUCACACUCCUUGACUUUUGUAAUGCUUUUUUUUGUCUUUUUUAAACCAUGAAGAAUGUUACCAUUGCGGUACGCUAUAAAAUUCACGUCAAUCUAAAACAGGCCACCCUUUAAAACUCAGUGCUGAGCAACUGGCCUGGUUUUUGUUUUCAUAUUUUAAAUAAAGUAUGAUUACUCUGGAAAAGGUUUUGUUGUAAUAUGAGAAAUUGUCAACUGAGACUUGCUUAAUAAUUAGCCAAAGAAGCAGUUGUCAGUACCAGUGGCAUUUUAAGACAAUUGUUACCAUGUCAAAAUACUUGUUAGUUGUGAUUUAAUUUUUAAUGAAAUGUUCACACCAAUAGCAGAAUGACAAAAGGAUGUAACAGAAAGCUUUAAAGAUGAUGAUAUUCAAUUGCAAAUGUUUCUGCUUCUCAUUUAACCAGAUGGCCCCCCACCAUCAGACUUUGGCUCUUUUUAUGGGACGAAAGGACUUAAAAAUCAUUUCCCUGAAGAUUUUGUGUUCAAGAAUGAACUGCAAAAGCUUUAGUCUUCUUAAGAAUUACUCCAGGAGGACAUAUCUUUAGAAAUGAAAGCAUUUUUUUUUUAAAUACUCAGGCUUAACAUCUGUGAGAGGAGUCACUCGCUCUAGUGUACUUACAAGUAUGACCUGCAGGUGUCAGUAUUUAUCAAGUUGUUUCAGAAACGUCAGUCAAUAACGAUUUACCGACGUCAUAGCGCUUACUGACCAAUCAGAUGAUUCCAAUGCUGCUUACGCUCUUAAAAAGACAAUAUUUCCAUGGUAUCUGUAGAUUGCUUUGUUGGUUGAUGUUAUCAUAAGCAUUAUUUUUAAUAUAGUCAGUAUAGUUGUACAUUUUUCAUCUACAUGUACAUUUAAAUGCAUGCGUGCUGAAGUUGACGCCACAGGAUAAAGUUUGGAAAAUUGGAUUUAUUAACCUCCUGAGACCGUGCAAAGUCAUGUGAGGACAUUACAUUUGUGCUUCAUUUUCUUAAAUCUUUGACCUAUGAGCCACAUUUGUGGACUCUGCGCCCCAACAUGUUGUGGUGAUAUCACGACAUUACACUCAUUUAAGUGAAAAUAAAAUGGGAGGAGAUCUGCAAAAGACUUAUAGAGCAGCUCCCAAAGGAAAAAUGAGUGUAUUUGCUUACAAUAACAUCUCUUUUUUUAAUGACUUGGUUACUUCUGCAAAGUAAAACACUUAAUCCUAUGCACUUUGCUUGGGGACAGAAUUUUGUAACUGUACUGUUUGUGUCAUGUGGCUGGCCAAAUGGAUGGAAUACACACAUG